GUUGCAUGUUUAUCUCUUUAAUUGAACAAGUGGCUGGAGUUGCUGUUUUCUUAGAUGUACUCUUAAACUUAUCUACUUACAGACUCACUCAUAAACUUACCUGUUUAUGAAACUGAUUAUUUGUGUAUUUUUCUCUUACACAGAUACAUUAGAUGAAUUAAAGAAGGCACAUCAAGAGAUGGAAAAUUCAGAAAAUACUAAAGUCAAGAAAUAAUCCAUCCGAAUUCAGAGUCACGAUGUGCGGUAUUUGUUGCGUUGUUACCUUGUGUAGCCAGCAUACUAUUCAUGAUUUCUUUAACAAAGACAUACUGUGCCGUCUUAGAAGAAGAGGACCAGACAGUAGCCAACAGUUGAUAAAGACUGCAUCUGAUCUCUCUUAUGGGUGUCUGUUUUCUGGCCAUGUACUUCACUUGAGGGGACGGAUGACUCCUCAGCCUCUAGAAGAUGCCAAUAACAAUAUUUUUCUUUGGAAUGGAGAAAUUUUCAAUGGAGUGCAUGUAGGAGAUCUAGAGAAUGACACUGAAGUAAUGUUUCAUCAUCUUGCAUUAUGCAGUAGUGAAGCGGACAUUUUGUCACUCUUUUCAUCGCUUCGGGGUCCGUGGUCUUUUAUUUAUUAUCAAGCAUCUAGACACAGUUUAUGGUUUGGUAGAGAUUAUUUUGGUCGUCGUAGUUUGCUUUGGCAGUUCAGUAAUGAGGUUGACCGUGCUUUCUGUCUCACAUCUGUAAGUGUUUAUUCUGAAUCAGGUAACCAAUGGCAAGAAGUCCCAGCAUCUGGAAUUUUCAAAAUUGAUCUCAAAGCUUGUGCAAGAACUAAAUCUUUAUCUUUAACAUUGUUUCCAUGGAAGUACAGCUGCACAGAGAAAGCAGUAGAAGAAAUAUUCGUUAAUGUUCUGGACCAAGUUUCAAAAGACUUACCAAAUCGCAUACCUCUUGUGAUGAAUGAAUCAAAACUAUGCCUCAGAGCACCAGUUACUCCCUUAAAUAAAACUAUUUCUGAAGAUUCGGGUGAAUAUCCAGGCACUACUAUUAGCAGCGUUACCCAUGUGGUUUCUGUGGAAACCCUUCAAGGAUUUCUUGCAGAGGAACACAAGAAAAAAUUAGUCCAUCAGUUUAUUGAUGUUUUAAAUGAAGCGGUGAAGAGACGGGUUUUAUCCCUCUUCAGAGACGAAGAUCAGAAAACAAGAGAUGUUCCAAGCAUGUCUAAUAGGAAAGCACAUGUUGCGGUGCUCUUUUCUGGUGGCGUUGAUUCUAUGGUUAUUGCAGCUCUUGCUGAUAAACACGUGCCUUUAGGGGAACCAAUUGAUCUUCUCAACGUAGCUUUCAUGAUAAAAGAACAAGCUAAGCAAAAGGGUACCACUCAAAAACAUACCAACCGGGAAGUACAGCUUGAUUCACUUUGUCAAGAAAGUUGUAAAGAUCUUCAUGCUAAAACUGCUGCUCAUUUAUCUUGCUUUGCUGUUCCCGACAGAAUCACUGGUAGGGCAGGACUGAAAGAAUUAGAAGCAAUUAACCCUUCAAGAACGUGGAACUUUGUGGAAAUCAAUGUUACACUAGAGGAACUGAAAAAAAUGAGACAACAAUGCAUUAAUCACUUAAUUUAUCCACUAGAUACAGUCUUGGAUGACAGCAUUGGCUGUGCAAUUUGGUUUGCUUCCAGAGGAGAGGGGUUUAUUAGUAACCAAGGAGAACUGAAACCAUAUAGAAGUCCAGCAAAGGUUGUACUUACAGGAAUUGGAGCAGAUGAACAGCUUGCUGGGUAUUCUCGACAUCGCGUUUGCUUCAAAAAAUACGGCUUAGAGGGUCUGAAUAAAGAACUUGAAAUGGAGUUGAAUCGCAUUUCUUCUAGAAAUCUUGGUAGAGAUGACAGGAUUAUUGGUGAUCAUGGAAAAGAAGCCAGGUUUCCUUUUCUUGAUGAAGAUGUUGUUUCAUUCCUCAAUUCUCUGCCCAUCUCAGACAAAGCUGACUUGACUUUACCUCGAGGAAUUGGUGAGAAAUUGAUUCUGCGCCUUGCAGCCAAGGAGUUUGGCCUUAGAGCCUCAACCAUUUUGCCGAAAAGAGCUGUACAGUUUGGAUCUCGGAUUGCAAAACUAGAGAGCAACAGUGAAAAAGCAUCUGACACAUGCAGCAGACUGAAGUUACUUUCAGUAAAUGAAUUAUAAAGCUACAUCUUGAGAUGUUACAUUUAUUCUAUAUGCAAAUUCAGUAAAUCUUUGGCAUUUUCUUAGAAUGUUUGGUCUGGUUUUUUACACACUUGGACAUUAUUAUUAAUCAUCAAAGUAAUACAUGUAGAUGUGUACUUGUAUUAGAGACUCACUAUGAGUGCAUCCU